CACUUGAGGCUCAGCUAGCAAAGAAGCGUCAGGCUGAGCAACAAGAAAAGGCUAAAUAUGAAAAAAGGGCUGCUCGUGGUGAAAAAUCAAGCAAUCAGGCUCUCCGGAUGGAGAAGGAGCUUAGUGGGCAUUUAAAUGAUGAGGGGACACAUGGGGAUGUUGGAGGGUACAGUCCUGGCAGAAAUUUGAGAGAGUAUGAAAUCAAUGAAUUGAGAAUGCAAGCUCUAGAGAACCAAGAAGCAGAAGCCGAAGCACUUAGGGCUCAGCUAGAAAAGCGUCAGGCUGAGCUACAAGAAAAGGCUAGAAAUGAAUUUAGUGCUCCUCCACAGAACCAAGAAGCAGAAGCAGAAGCAGAAGCAGAAACACUUAGGGCUCAGCUAGAAAAGCGACAGGCUGAGCUACAAGAAAAGGCUAAAUUUGAAAAAAGGGCUGCUCGUGGUAAAAAAUUGAGAGAUCAGGCUCUCCGGAUGGAGAAGGAGCUUAUGGUCAGACCAAAACAUGUAAGAGAUCUGCAAACUCCACAGAACCAAGAAGCAGAAGCACUUAGGGCUCAAUUAGAAAAGCGUCGGGCUGAGCUACAGGAAAAGGCUAGAAAUGAAUUUCGGGAUGCUCCAGAGAACCAAGAAGCAGACGCAGAGGCACUUAGGUCUCAACAAGCAAAGCGUCAGGCCGAGCUACAAGAUAAGGCUAGAAAUGUAUUUAAGGAUGCUCCACAGAACCAAGAAGCAGACGCAGAAGAGCGUCAGGCCGAGAUACAAGAAAAGGCUGGAAAUGAAUUUUGGGCUGCUCCACAAAACCAAGAAGCCGAAGCACUUAGGGCUCAGGCCGAGCAACAAGAAAAGGCUAGAAAUGAAUUUAGGGCUGCUCGUGGUGAAAAAUCGAGUGAUCAGGCUCUCCAAAGGGUGUGGGAGCUUGAUGGGCGUAUGAAUGAUGAGCAUAGACAUGAGAAUCUUGGAGGGCACAGUCUUGAUAAAGUUUCAAGAGAGAAUGAGUUGAGGGAUGAAAUCAUCAUUAAAAAAAAUGUCAUCACGGAGAAAGAGGGAGAGCUUAUGAAAACUCGUGAACAAUUGUUUAGUGGAGAGUUGAUGCUCCCAUUGAUAUGCUCUCUUAUGUUGUUGAUUGCAUUAUUGACCGAAUGGCCAACUGAGGAUGCGCCUUGGACAUUUGAUACAGUGGUCGAAAAGGUUCAAGCAUACAUGACUGUUGUUUUCAAAUGUAGAGUGGAUGCAUUUGGAAGGCUGAACCAAGACUUUGAUAGAUAUGUGAAUUCCUAUGUGCAAUUUCUUCAGAGAGCUUCUGAUUGUGAUUUUAAUUACAGGCGAACAGGUCUAACGCACUUUUCAUUGAACGGCAUACCCAAUAAUCAUGUGAAUUUGGGGCGUCUAGAUGAAGAGUUGAGGGCUGCCAGAGAAGAAUUGAAAAAUCUAGAACUUGAGCUGUGGACCUUAAGAGCAGUGGCUGCUGAGUGAUGUUUGUAUGAUAUCCACUGUCCUGGCAACAAGGGGAAGCUCGUAAAACUAUAAUAGGAAAGCUUGGGAAUUGGAAUAACCAAUGCUGUAAUAGUCACUUGGAAGACAUUAUAGUUCCCAGAUGUUUUCUUUCCCAGAUGAAACUGUUUCUUUUACGUACAGCACUUGGGCCUGCUGAUGAGUCAACAUGAAUAAUCUCUUCUUGAUUCAUGUUAGGCUUGAGGGUGGUAGCUAGAUUCUGAUGACACAUGCAGUCCACUUUGAGUAAUUAAACCACACAAGCAAAAAACGGCGAAUAAGAGUAAGCAUCAUAA